GAGGCCGGCCGGGCUUUGCCCGGAAGCCGGCGGCGGGGCGCUAGAUUUCCCCCAUUGUGAGAGGGACGUGGGGGUCGGGAAGGGGCUCUUAAACACAGUCAUAAUAAGAACUGAAGUUCGAGCAUAGCUGGACCUGCGGCGGUGGUGGCUCGUCUGCGUCCGCGCCGGGACAGAAGCCUGCGGCGAGGGCCGUCCUCACCGGCGUCGGGGACGCAACGCGCGGCGACGGAGGGUGGCCUAGUCUUUAUCGGCCUCAGGGCCGCUGCAGUCGGCGCCCAGCGGCGGACAUCUCGUCCUCCCACAGCAGCUGCAGCUCGACGGUGGUGAACGGCGCGGCGAGGGAUUCUUCAGGCCAGAUGGAGAGCUAUGAGGCGCCGCCUCGUCCCCGUCGGCAGCCGCCUCUUGGAGCGGAACAUCGAGCACCGGUACCGCUCCAGAAACAUUGGUACCGAGGACGCACUCAACCUGUUCGACGAAUUGAUCCAGGUCGCUGGGCCUUCCUCGGUCCGCGCCAUAAACUACCUCACCGUCGUCGGCCGUGAUUGCCCCGCAAUCGGCGUCUCCCUGUUCAACCGUGUUGCAAGAGCCAAGGUGCCUCCCCACAAUAUCACCUAUGGCAUUCUAGUCGACUGCUGCUGCCGUGCUGGCCGCUUGGACCUUGGACAUGCUGGCAUGGGGCACGUCAUUAAGUUGGGAUUUGCAGCAGAAGCCAUCGUCAAUUUCAGCCACCUACUCAAGGCCAUAUGUGCGGAGAAGAAGACCAGCUAUGCAAUGGACAUUGUACUCCGGAUAAUGCCUGAAUUUAACUGCAUCCCGAACAUUUUCUCAUACAGCAUUCUUUUGAAGGGUCUUUGCAACGAGAAGAGGAGCCAAGAGGCUCUCGAGCUGAUUCACAUGAUGAUUGACCAUGGAGGUAGCUGCCAACCUAAUGUGGUGUCCUAUAGCACCGUACUUGAUGGCUUGUUGAAAGAGGGUGAGGUGGGCAAGGCCUACAGCCUAUUUUGUGUCAUGCUACAGAGGGGAAUUUCGCCGAAUGCUGUGACCUGCACUUCAAUCAUCUCUGGCAUGUGCAAAGUUCAUGUGAUGGACAAGGCAGAGGAGGUUCUUCAACAGAUGACUGAUAGAGGUAUUCUGCCAAAUAGUGCCACAUAUAAUAGUCUGAUACAUGGAUAUUAUUCAUUAGGAUGGUGCAAAGAGGUGGAUCGAAUUUUGAAGGAAAUGUCUAGAAAUGGUGUCCAACCAAAUGUUGUAACUUACAAUAUACAGUUGGAUUAUCUUUGCAAGAGCAGAAGAUGCGCAGAAGCUAGGAAGAUUUUUGAUUCCAUGGUCAGUUUGGGCCAAAAACCAGAUGUUACUACCUACAGCAUACUGCUUCAUGGGUAUGCUAUGGAAAAAUCUUUUCAUGAUAUGCUUUGUCUCAUUGAUUUGAUGGUAGGUAAUGGUAUUGCACCAAAUCAUUAUGUCUACAACAUACUCAUAUCUGCAUAUGCUAAAGAAGAAAUGGUUGAUGAAGUAAUGCAUAUAUUUACAAAAAUGCGGCAGAAAGGAUUGAACCCUGAUGCAGUGAGCUAUGGAACAGUAAUAGACUUACUUUCCAGGAUUGGUCGAAUGGAUGAUGCUAUGUCCCAGUUCGCUCAAAUCAUAACUGAAGGGUUAGCUCCUGAUAUCAUAGUUUUCAACUCCCUUAUUAGUGGUUUCUGUUCUUGUGGCAAAUGGGAGAAGGUUCAUGAACUAUUUUCUGAGAUGUUGGAUCGCGGCAUCUGUCCCGACAGAGUGUUCUUCAACACUGUUAUGGAUCACCUUUGCAAAAAUGGAAGGGUUAUGGAAGCCCAAGAUGUGUUCGACCUGAUGGUACACAUGGGUGUGAAGCCUUUUGUCCGUGAUUACAACACACUGAUACAUGGAUACUGUUUAGUUGGUAAGAUGGAUGAAGGGAGGAAGUUACUUGACAAUAUGUUCUCAAUUGGCUUGAAACCGGAUGAUUUCACCUAUAGCAUACUGAUUGAUGGUUACUCUAAGAAGGGAAGGAUAGAUGAUGCAUUGAUUAUUGUCAGGGAAAUGUUGGACGGGAAGGUUAAGCCUUCUAUUAUCACUUUUAAUAUUAUGAUUGGUGCGUUGCUGAAAGGUGGCAGAAAGGAAGAAGCCAAAGAUUUGUUUGAUGGUAUCUGGGCCAAAGGAUUAGUGCCCGAUGUUGUUACAUAUAGCUUAAUGAUACAAAAACUUAUAGAAGAAGGUUCUCUACAAGAGUCUGAUGAUCUAUUCAUUUCUAUGGAGAAGAAUGGAUGUGCUGCCGACUCCCAGAUGCUAAAUGCUAUAGUUAGAAGCUUACUUCAGAAAGGGGAGGUGCCGAGGGCUGGGACUUAUCUGUCUAAAAUUGAUGAGAGGAGGUUCACCCCUGAAGCUUCCACUGCUAGCUUGUUGACUGCACUAGUGUCAGAGGGGAAAGGCCAGGAAUAUAAGGAGUUACUCCCUGAAAAAUAUCACUCUUUUCUGGAACAGGGCACUGAUUGAAACCUUUUCUAUGGAUUUUUCCUAGAUGCCCUGGAGUGCUAAUCGAGGGGUGAACUUCUCUUUGUAGGUUACUUCUUCCAACCUUUUCCUAUUUUAGUACGUUUGAAAUGUAAUAAUCGUUGGAGAAACUGUAGUAAACUUUCUGACUGUCAACCUUUUCUAAAGAUUUUUUAGUACUUCUUCCAACAAGCUAGUAGUAAACUUUCUGACUAUCACCAUUUUGUUGAUCCACUAUAUGUGUUUCAUACAUAUGGAUGGCUACUACUUCAAGGGAGUUGCACAUUUGGCCUCA